AUGGUCAAGGAAGGAGAGAAAUGGAUGAAGGACACCGCCAGUUCUUGUACAGUGGUAGGAGCUCUCAUUAUUACCAUUAUGUUCACUGCAGCAAUCACUGUUCCAGGUGGUAACAAUCAAAAUACUGGGUUCCCCAUGUUCACAGAUAAAAAGUUAUUUAUCGUCUUUAUCAUUGCCGAUGCAUUUUCACUUGCUUAUUCCACUGCUUCAGUAUUGAACUUUCUAGGAAUCCUUACAUCACGUUAUGCAGAAGAAGAUUUUCUCGAAUCCUUGCCUACGAAGAUGAGUUCUGGAUUGUUGAGUCUUUUCGUCUCUAUUGCAACUAUGAUGAUCACCUUUUGUGUUGGUUCUUUCCUUAUGCUACCCGGAAAACCAUGGAUGGCCAUUCCAGUCAUUAUUCUCGCUAUUACUCCGAUCUACAUAUUCGUUGUAAUGGUGUCUCCCAUUCUUUUCGACAUACUCAAGUCAGUAGUUGGAGCUAGAAAUAUAUAUAUCUCAACCUAA